AUGUCCAAAAUAUUCAAAGUACCAUUCGAAGAGGCCCUGGGCAUGGCUGGCUUCGGUAAAUUCAACUGCCUGAUGUUCAUACUGAACCUUACCGUGGUGACCAGCAUGGCCUUUGAGGUCUUCUCCGUUUCGUUCCUGGUUCCAGCUAGUGCUUGCGAGUUGAAGACCACGGUCUACCAGCAGGGGCUGAUAGCUGGAACGCCUUUGCUCGGUAUUAUAGCAUCGUCCCAGAUUUGGGGUUACUUGGCUGAUACGCGAGGACGAAGGAAGAUUUUACUUUGGUCUCUGGCUUUGGGCUUCUGUGCUGGGUUCUUGGCUACCAUCUCUCCAAAUUGGAUAGCGUUGAGCGUAUUGAAGUUUCUCUCUUCUACAGCAUUAGCUGCCAGUUAUCCAGUCGCAAUUACUUUUUUGAGUGAAUUAACACCACAAAGCAAGAGAUCUCUGCUCGUCUCCUGUCUGAGCACACAAAUAUUUUUCGCUUCAGCUCUAAUGGCAAUUCUCUCUAUCCCAGUUUUGCACGUCAAGAUCUCGUAUUACAUUCCAUUUCUGAACAUAAACUUCGUGUCGUGGCGACUAUUGAAUAUAAUAUUUGCAUUGCCAUCUUUAAUUGGCGCUUUUGGUGUCUGGUUGUCAUACGAGAGCCCGCGUUUCUUGGUCAGCAUUGGUGAAGAUGAAAAGGCUAUCGAUGUGUUGAAAAACAUAUAUUUGAUUAAUACUGGGAAGAGCCGAGAUGACUAUAUGGUUGAAUCCAUAACACUAGAUGAGACUACAGGCGAUACUCCAGGAGCCAGCAUGUGGUCGACAUUCGCUUCGCAAACAGUCACGUUAUUCAAACCACCGCUACUUAAAAGCACUUUACUGCUAUCCCUGCUCCUGGUCAUCUGUUAUUUUAGUAUGCAGCCAUUUUUGAUAUGGCUGCCCUUUAUCUCAGAUGGUUUCAUGCGCUCUCUGGAGGCUGGUGACACCGACUGCAGCUUUUGUGACAUGCUGAGGUUAGCUGGAAACCAAACCACGACCGAGAAUGGUGAUUGCAGCCUGAACGAGUUCGCCAUGAUGUCAGUUUUCACCAUAUAUCUUCUAUUGUCAGUAAUGAACUGCAUCUUCAGUUCCAGCAUCAAUCUUUUUGGAAAGAAACGUUUGAUAAUUUCAUUUCAGCUCAUAUCUAGUAUAUCAGCUCUGGUGAUGAACCUGGCACACCAGUACAUCCUGAAUGCUGUACUGUUCGUGGUUUACACCAUCAGCACCAUCAACUUCACCUUCCUCUCCAUUUACGUUGUGGAACUCUACCCGACUCAUGUGAAGGCAACGGCGGUCUGCCUCACUCUGAUGCUGGGUAGAGGCAGCUCAGCACUUGGCAUCAACAUACUAAAAUCACUCCUAACCUACAAUUGCGAAUUAGCAUUUUACUUCUUUGGAGGGUUGACAUUGGUUGGGUCCCUUAUAGCGUUUCUUCUACCGACAGACAAGAAAAAAGAACAUAUUUUAGAAGAAUGA